AUGCAACUUUCACCCGGUCAGGACCAAUUCCCCAAAAACUGUUCUCAAAUAGACUCCUUGAGGAAUCGGAGCGCGUUUCUCCAAACGAUCUAUCAGUACUUCUGCAACAAAACCUGGGGAGAGCAGAACUUCAGCGGGAGUAACGCCAUCCCGGAGGACUUUUUCAUGAGCAAGGAGGAGCUGCUGCUGAAGUACCUGGGUCCCCGGCGGUCGUCCUUCUUUGUGCCGGUCUGUUUGAGUUACCUUUGCAUCUUUGUGGUCGGCGCAUUCGGAAACGCUCUGACCUGCAUCGUCAUCGCGAAGCACAAAGUGAUGAGAACCCCGACCAAUUAUUACUUAUUCAGCCUCGCCAUUUCCGAUCUCUUGGUGCUGAUUCUGGGCAUGCCUUUGGAACUGUAUGAGAUGUGGAGGAAUUACCCGUUUCUCCUCGGUCAAGCCGGGUGUCACUUUAAAACCUUCCUUUUUGAGAUGGUUUGCUUUGCUUCAAUACUGAAUGUGACGGCCCUCAGUGUGGAGAGGUACAUCGCCGUCGUGCAUCCCCUGAAGGCGAAGUAUGUGGUGACCAGAACUCACGCCAAACGGGUCAUCUUAACGGUGUGGCUGAUCUCCCUCUGCUCAGCCAUUCCCAACACCAGCCUCCACGGCAUCUAUUACCUGAGGACCCCGUUUGGGGAACACAUUGAGGAGUCCGCUAUCUGUAUGCUGCUAAAGCCCGCCUGGAUGUACAAUCUGGUCAUUCAGAUCACCACAGUGCUGUUUUUCGUCGUCCCUAUGAUCAUCAUUAGUAUGCUGUACUUACUGAUUGGCUUGCAACUGAAACGGGAGAAGGUCAUCUCCGACUUCAAGCCUGGAUUGGGAAACGCCAAUUAUCAAACCGCCCGCAUGGAGCAGGAGAAGGUUAGGAGGUGCCAAGUUACCAAAAUGCUCAUUGUUCUGGUGAUUGUGUUUGGAAUCUGCUGGGCACCUUUUCACACAGAUCGAUUAAUGUGGAUUCUGAUAAACAACUGGACUGAAGAACUGCACAGGUUGUAUCAGUGUGUACAUAUUGUCUCCGGUGUAUUCUUCUAUUUAAGCUCCGCAGUCAAUCCCAUUCUCUACAACCUCAUGUCUACUCGAUUCAGAGAGAUGUUUAAAGAAGUGAUGUGUAGCCGAAAAUUCCAAGGUUCCAAACCUGGAUGGUAUUCUGCCAGUGUAACCCGCAUGACAACCCGCAGCACUGCAUUGGAAUCUAGUCCCUGUAAUGGGAUACCAUUGUCUGAUAUUGAAGACUAUGAAUAA